AUGCCUAAGAAAGUGAGAAGGGUGGCUGUUAUUGGGGCCGGUCCGGCUGGGGCCAUCGCAACGGACGCUCUGGUCUUCGAACGGCGCGACUUGGCUGGAGGAACUUGGGUCUUUACUCCAGAACUGCCGCCCAGAAUCCCGUCCUUGCGCGCCUUAGUCGAACAACGUGCAAAUGCCCCGAUCGAGAUUCCUAAAAGCUUUCCUACAGAAACUCCGAGAUCUGAGAAGAAUAACUCUCACCAAUUGCGAUACUCAGACACUAGUAUUCAUGAGACGCUGCACAGCAAUAUCACACCCGAAGUCAUGGCGUUUACUCAAGAGCCAAUACCCCAGAUCCUAUCCGAUCGGAACUUGGCGCAAUAUGGCCCAGGCGCCCCAUUCAGACACCGAGAACUUAUUAGAGAAUGGGUGGAGGGAAUAUUCACUCGAGGAGGCCACGAUAAGGGACGAGUGGUUUCUUACGCUGCGAAAGGUGGUGCCGGGGAAGUCAAGGAUUACUGGUGGCAAGAAAGCUUGGAUGCGGUGAUUGCGGCAUCGGGUCAUUUCUACUUGCCUUACAUCCCCGAUAUCCCUGGGCUUGUCGAAUUCGACGAGAAAUUCCCCGGCAGAAUCAAGCACAGCAAGCAUUUCAGUGACUCUGAAGAGUUUCGGGACAAGGUCGGAGCUAACUUGCUACAAAAAGUCAUUGUUAUUGGGGGCUUUGUAUCUGCGUUUGAUGCGCUGCACGACAUUCAACUGGUCUCUCAAAGGCCAGUGAUUGCAUCUCUCAGAGAACCACUGGCCGCAUUCGGGUGGGCGCCUUUCACCCACCCCGAUAUUGGCAUCAAGCCACAGAUCAUCAACUUCUGUCCCAAAAGUGGACGUAUCACGUUCAGUGAUGGAAGUACCGUUGAUGGUGUCGAUGCCGUCGUCUUUGCGACGGGUUAUGACUUUAGCUUCCCAUUUUUGCCUGGGCAGAAGGUGGAGAACAGGCGAGUUCCUGGACUUUACCAGCAUAUCUUCAACAUCGAUGACCCAACCCUUGCAUUCGUUGGAAUGGUAACUGGCGGCUUUACUUUUCGCGUCUUUGAGUGGCAGGCCGUCGCAGCGGCACGAGUCUUUGCGGGACACGGGAAGUUGCCCCCUCGCCUUGAGCAGGAAAAGUGGGAGAAGGACAGGUUGGUGUACAAAGGCGACGGCGUUCCCUUCUUCACUCUUGUACCCGACUUUGAGCAAUACUUCGAUGCAUUGCGGACAAUCGCCGGUGAGCCUUUCGACCCAAAGUGGCUCGAAGCGUUCUCGGAGGUUCUCGACGCCAGAAUUAAGUGGUGGAAGGAGACUAAGAAGGCUGAAGAUCAAUUGAAGCUUGCGUUCAAGUCGAAGCUGUAG